CAAAGUACUGGCAUGCGUCAUGCGACACUGAGAAUCUGGCUCACAUCAGUUAAAGGUCGAGCCUGUUCUCGCCGGUCAACAACAUACCUAUACCUAUGGCGAGCAAGGUGUUUCAAUCGAUGGUACGUGCCAGCCAUCAGAGCUUAGGCCGCUGCUAUGGCAGCUCUGCCAACAGGAUUGUCACUCUCAUCCCUGGUGAUGGCAUUGGUCCUGAAAUCUCAGCUUCUGUGCAAAAAAUUUUUGCUGCAGCUCAGGUACCCAUUGAGUGGGAGGUUGUUGAUGUAACUCCUGUCAGAGGACCAGAUGGCAGAAUGGGCAUCCCUCAAGCUGCCAUAGAUUCAGUGAACAGAAAUAAAAUUGGGCUGAAGGGUCCUUUGAUGACUCCUAUUGGCAAGGGUCAUCGCUCACUCAACCUUGCAAUCAGGAAAGAGUUUGAGCUCUAUGCCAAUGUGCGUCCCUGCAGGAGUCUUGAAGGUUACCCAACGUUGUACCGCAAUGUUGAUGUUGUAACCAUCCGAGAGAACACAGAAGGCGAGUAUUCUGGCAUUGAGCACGAAAUUGUUGAUGGAGUAGUACAGAGUAUCAAGCUCAUCACUCGAGCUGCUUCAAAAAGAGUUGCCGAAUUUGCUUUUAAAUAUGCCGAGGACAAUGGAAGGUCCCGCGUGACUGCCGUUCACAAGGCCAACAUUAUGCGCAUGUCGGACGGUCUUUUCCUGCAAAACUGCAGGGAAGCAGCUGAAAAGUAUCCUGACAUCAAGUUCGACGAAAAGUACCUGGAUACGGUAUGCUUGAACAUGGUGCAGGACCCAAGUCAGUUUGAUGUGCUGGUGAUGCCGAAUCUGUACGGCGACAUCUUGUCUGACUUGUGUGCCGGCCUGGUAGGCGGUCUUGGCCUCACAGCUUCGGGAAACGUGGGUGAGGGAGGCGCCGUAUUUGAGUCGGUGCACGGCACAGCUCCUGACAUCGCUGGCAUGGACAAGGCUAACCCAACUGCGCUGCUGCUGUCCGCCGUUAUGAUGCUGCGUUACAUGGACCUGUACGACCAUGCUGCCAGGAUAGAGAAGGCUUGCUUUGACACCAUUAAGGAGCCUGAGAACAGGACCGGUGAUUUGGGUGGCAGUGCCAAAUGUUCCACCUUCACAGAUGCUAUCUGCAAGAAAAUUGAAGAAACCUAAAUAGAAACAUGUUAGAAAUGGUCACAAUAGGACAUAGUUUAUUGACGAUUUAUUUAUUGGUAUUGAAUCGAGUCAUUAAUGAGUCUAGCUCUCGAGUUAAGUUUUCAGAUUUUUAUACUUCAUUAAAACACUAUCUUUGAUGUUAUAGAUCUGAAUUUGCUUAACAAAAUUUAGUUUUCUUUAUGUAUUCGAAGAUAAAAAUUUAUGAGCAUUUAACAUGAGUUAGCCUAAGUCUCAUUUUCAUUGCUUUUGUUAGACCCAAGUGCACUCUCAGUAUUACUGCGAUCAAAACAUGUGUUCAUUGCUGACUUGGAUUAUAUUACUGGUAGUUUGCAGCGCAAUCUCAUCAUGGUGGAUAGUAUAGUACUUUCGAGCUUCCUGGAGCCAUCAGAUCUUUGUUAUAUUCUCUUACAAUUGACCAUUGCUGGAGUUUUUCAUGACCAUACUAUGCUCAGGCGUCUAUUUGUAAUCAAAACAAGGUACGUCGCCAUAGCAGUGCAGUAUGGCUGCUGUUGUUACAACAGGUGUACAUAUUCCUUAACUCUUGUAUAGCUCCAACGCCCUCAUCAGUAUAUUUGUUGUCAUCACUU